AUGGCUGGUGGAAACUUUAUUCCCGCCGGCGGUGGCGGAGACAAUCCAGAUGAGUACCCAGGGAAGCUAACAGUGUACGUAGCCAUGACUUGUAUCAUGGCAGCCAUGGGAGGGUUGAUCUUUGGCUACGACAUUGGAAUUUCAGGUGGAGUUACUUCCAUGGAUCCUUUUCUCAAACGCUUCUUCAUGUCUGUUUACCAAAAAGAGGCUUUGAACACCUCUACCAACCAGUACUGUAAGUUCGACAGCCAGUUGUUGACCCUUUUCACGUCUUCUCUUUACGUGGCUGCCCUGUUUGCGUCCAUUGUUGCUUCUCAUGUUAGCAAAAAACGUGGCAGAAGAGUUACUAUGGCCCUUGGAGGUCUCUUUUUCUUGAUAGGCGCCGUCCUCAACGCUGCUGCUAUCCAUAUUAGCAUGCUCAUCUUGGGUCGUAUUCUUCUGGGGAUUGGUGUCGGAUUUGCUAAUCAAUCUGUCCCUAUUUAUUUGUCAGAA